CUAGUGGUUAAUGUAAACAUCAUUACAAUAAAACGAAGGCGGAACUAAAACUCUAGCUGCGGUUUCCACAGGGGCAGAGUUUGUGGCCACACACCUCGCCGUUAGAUUCGCGUCUCGCAUGAAUGGAGCGAUAUUAACCGUAAAAGCCUUAAUUUAAAUGUAAACUGAACGCAUAGUUCUUGUAGUUUGACAUUUUAGUCGUUAUCUGUCGAUUUAACGUGGAAACAGUGUUCCAUUUAUUCAACGUUAUAGUGUUAUAGUCUGUUUGUGGGAAAGAGUGCAAGCUAAAUAGCUGCUAGCCUGAAACUAGCAGUCAGGCUAGGUGACGUUAACCUCAUCGUUAGCCAGCGAGCUAGCCAGCCCUGCUCUGACAACAGAGACGUGAAACGCAGCAAAGAUGGUCGAACAUAUACUCGACCUGCCGGUGGAGAAGCAGAUCUUUUAUGCUGUUUUGGGCUUUUCAUGGACGGUGUAUCUGUGGGAAGCAUACCUUUCUUACAGACAGAGGAGGACAUACAGAUCAACAACACAGGUGCCGCAGGAACUCCUGAGGAUCAUGGAUUCUGAAACAUUUGAGAAGUCACGUCUCUAUCAGCUGGAUAAAAGCAACUUCAGCUUUUGGUCUGGACUCUAUUCUGAGACGGAGGGGACGUUGAUUCUGCUCCUGGGGGGAAUCCCGUUUUUGUGGGACACUGCUGGUUCCCUGACGUCUCGUAUGGGAUUAGGUUCAGAGUACGAGAUCACUCAGUCGCUCGUGUUUCUGACGCUUGCCACCCUGUUCAGCGCCUUUACUGGACUUCCCUGGAGUGUGUACAACACGUUCGUCAUAGAGGAGAAGCAUGGCUUUAACCAGCAGACAUUGGGGUUCUUCCUUAAAGAUGCUGUAAAGAAGUUUAUUGUGACCCAGUGUAUCCUGCUGCCUGUCACCUCGCUGCUCCUCUACAUCAUCAAGAUUGGCGGAGACUUCUUUUUCAUCUAUGCCUGGCUCUUCACACUGGCUGUUUCUCUGGUGCUUGUCACAAUCUAUGCUGACUACAUUGCUCCGCUGUUCGACAAGUUUGCUCCAUUGCCAGAAGGAGAGUUGAAGACUGACAUUGAGGCGAUGGCCAAGAGUAUAAGCUUCCCCCUCACGAAGGUUUAUGUAGUUGAAGGUUCUAAGCGUUCCUCCCACAGCAAUGCAUACUUCUACGGCUUCUUCAAGAACAAACGCAUUGUUCUGUUUGACACACUGCUGGAAGACUACUCGCCUCUCAACCAGUCCGGAGAGCCAGAGAAAGAGGAAGAAUCCAACGAAUCCAAAGCCAAGCAAAAGAACAAGAAACAAGGUUGCAACAACUCCGAGAUCCUUGCUGUCUUGGGUCAUGAGCUCGGCCACUGGAAGCUUGGCCACAUGGUCAAGAACAUCGGCAUCAGUCAGAUGAAUUCCUUCUUGUGCUUCUCCCUGUUUGCUGUGCUGAUUGGACGCAAGGAGCUGUUUGUAGCUUUCGGCUUUAAUGACAGCCAACCCACAUUAAUAGGCUUGAUGAUUAUCUUCCAGUUCAUCUUCUCCCCGUACAACGAGGUCCUGUCCUUCUGUCUGACAGUCCUGAGUCGCAGGUUCGAGUUCCAGGCUGAUGCUUUUGCACGCGGCAUGGGCAAGGCCUCCGAGCUCUGCUCUGCCCUCAUCAAGCUCAACAAGGACAACCUGGGCUUCCCAGUGGCUGACUGGUUGUUCUCCAUGUGGCACUAUUCCCACCCUCCCCUCCUGGAGCGCCUGCGGGCACUGGGCAGCAUCAAGCAGGACUGACGGGGCUGGAAAGGGGAGGGUCGUCUGGUUCCUCCCCCAAAGGGCCUCCGCAGACCGCUCCUGGCCCUCUGACGCUCCCUGGCCUUUUUCUACCCAUCUGCCCACUCGCCCCACCCAAUCUUGUUAGAGUAAUUUCUUUACUUGCCAUAUCUUCUGUUUGGUUCCUUUUUUGAAAUGUUAUUUUAAACAAAACCCAAAUAUAUCAGCACAAGCCAGCCUAAACAUAUCUCAAGCCUGAACUGAAGUCUUCAGUUUUUCCAUAGAAACCUUAUAUGCAGGAGCUGAGGUGAAAUAGAUCUGUAUUUCGAUAAGAUCUUAUUGCAGCACAAAUCACGUUUAGCAGAUUUACCUAAAUGUUUACUUUCUGAAAUGAUUUUAUUUCGGUACAAUUUCUUAAUAUUUGCUUUGUACAAUUAAAAGAAAAUAAAGCAAAGUUUGAUUUAAAAGCCAGACAUUUAACUUAAAGAAUUGUUUCGGUUGUGAUGCAAACAUGACAUCCAACAGUUUUUUUAACUUAAAAACUGGUUAAUCCCACAGAAUUCAGUGAUUUUAUUUAAAACUCAAGAUAAUGUGUUUUGCAAAUAAACAGGCAAUAAUUGUAUUUGUCUCAAGUGCAACUGUUGCUUCUCAAGAAGUAUCACCAAGCAAGCUCAAGAGUCUAAAAGUGAAUAUCAUUCUCAGUUUUGGAUAAGAACAUGUAGAUGCUUAGACAUGGUGAAAAUAAUGGGAGUGCCUCUGAUAAUCUGUUUUUGUUCAACGGACGCAUUAUGAACAGAGCAGUGCAGAAUAUUUAAUUUGAAUUUAGGUUAGACAUAAUUUUUACACGCACUGCGGGGAACUUGUUUUAUUUUUUCUAAAGCAUGUGAUUGCCGACAAGGUUCCAACCGUACCUGUACAUAUGUAACUUAAGGGAGUUAGAGUAAUGGUGUAUGAUGUGAAUUGUGGAAAAUAUUGAAUGUGGUUUGACAUUUUAAGUUGAUGCUGUGUUUCUUAGUUUCUUCUCUUUGUUUUGGGCCGGUGUGAGCCCACAGUUGACUGGCAAGCAAAGUAUUUACAGGGGACGUGGGGAAGUGGGUCCGCGAGGUUCCUUUCACCUCAUAAGCCAGUGUGUGGUUUGUUCAGCGAGGGGACUGCUUACUGUCUUUACUGCAUUGAAUAAAAUCCUUUGACGCAUUU